AUGGGUUGGAGAAUUAUGAGCAUCUAUCUCUCAGCAAUUCUGCUGUGUGUUUCAGCCCAAAAGAAGCCUGAUUCACCCUACAAAGCUCUGCAGCAAUACAAGUUUCCGGCGGGGCUACUACCGGAGGGUGUCACCAGCUACACCCUGAACGAGUCCAGCGGGGAGUUCUCGGCCCAUCUCAAUGGGUCGUGCAGCUUCACGCUGGAGAACUCAUACGAGCUGCGGUACGAGCCAGUGAUGAAGGGGUUGAUAUCUCAAGGCUGGCUUAAGAAGCUGAGCGGAGUGAGCGUAAAAGUGGUCUUGCUGUGGCUCGACGUGGUUGAGGUCAAGCGCAACGGUCAGAACCUCGAGUUUUCUGUUGGCUUCAAGUCUGCGGAUUUUCCGGUUGAGAAUUUUGAGGAGUGUCCCCGGUGUGGGUGCGGUUUCGAUUGCGGGAAUGGGAUUGGAGGAGUGUUGGGAAAUUGGUCAUCUUCUUGA